UGCCUUCUCAUACUCCUAUAAUUAGUGACAAACAAGAAUUCCACCAUGGAGAGUCCUGUGUUUCCUGGCUGACCAUCGUUAUGGUCAGCGAGUACAUUUUAUUGUUUAAGAGGUAGACAUUAAUAAGCUUGUUUUUGGAGUAACUCACCUCCCCUUCCCCGUAGAGUUUGAUUCAAAGUUGAGAGCCAAGAUGGCCGCUGAUCCCAUGCAGGGAGAUGUCAGGGGUCACAUGGUAUCAGAGCUGGGCUUUGGGCACAACCUUGAUCUAUCAGACACCAUGGUGCAGCAGAAACUGGAAGAGAUCAAGGAACAGAUAAAACGCGAGAUCCGCAAAGAACUGAAGAUAAAGGAGGGAGCGGAAAACCUACGUAAAGUUACCACUGACAAGAAGAGGCUGGCGUACGUGGAUAACAUGCUGAAGAAGUCUAAUAAGAAGGUGGAGGAACUGCAUCAGGAGCUUCAAGAGCUCAAUGCUCACAUUGUGGUGAAAGAGCCAGAGGAUCUCCACUUAGAAUGCCCCCUAACGCCAGACACCCCCAACAGUGAGCCGCGAACAUGCACUAGCAGCAGCCGACUAGCUGCCCUGAAGAAACAAAUUGAUAUUGAGCUGAAAGUUAAACAAGGGGCCGAGAACAUGAUCCAGAUGUAUUCAAAUGGCUCCUCAAAGGAUCGUAAGUUGCUGGCGACUGCACAGCAGAUGCUCCAGGACAGCAAGACAAAGAUUGAGUUUAUCAGGAUGCAGAUCCUGAAAGCCAGCCAGACCACUGACAUGAGCUUUGACAGCAAUGAUGUCAUGGCCAAGCCCAUCAUCAGCCCACUGGACCUGCGGGUGGAGGAAUUGUGUCAUCACACACGGAUAGAGUAUGCUGUUGCAGAGGGUGCCAAGAAUGUAAUGAAGCUCUUGGGAUCUGGCAAGCUGGCAGAAAAGAAGACUUACUCUGAGGCCCAAGCCAGGUUCAAUGAAUCCAAUCAGAAGUUGGAUCUUUUGAAGUAUUCUCUGGAGCAGAGACUGAGUGAACUUCCUAAGAACCACCCAAAGAGCAGUGUCAUCAUGGAGGAGUUAUCUCUGAUGGCCUCGCCCGCGCUCAGUCCGCGACAGAGCAUCAUAUCGUCGCCAAACCAGUACAGCACCGUGACCAAACCUGCAGCCCUCACAGGCACGUUAGAGGUCAGACUGAUGGGUUGCCAGGACUUGCUGGAGAAUGUUCCAGGUCGCUCUAAGGCCACGUCCGUGCCUCUGCCGGGGUGGAGUCCCAGUGAUACACGUUCGUCUUUCAUGAGUCGUGGAAGUCGGAGCAGAGGGACCAGUGCUCGCAACUUCUCCAAAAAUGACGACCUGUCCAAUGAGAUCAGUGCCGUGCUGAAACUUGACAAUACAGUAGUGGGACAGACAAGCUGGAAACCUGUUAGUAAUCAGUCAUGGGACCAGAAGUUUACAUUGGAGCUUGACCGGUCUCGGGAACUGGAGAUUUCUGUUUAUUGGAGAGACUGGCGUUCCCUUUGUGCUGUAAAGUUCCUCCGACUGGAGGACUUCCUGGACAACCAGCGGCAUGGAAUGUGCCUUUACCUUGAGCCACAGGGAACUCUGUUUGCAGAGGUAACAUUUUUUAAUCCUGUCAUUGAACGAAGGACCAAACUCCAAAGGCAAAAGAAAAUUUUCUCAAAGCAGCAAGGGAAAACCUUCCUGCGGGCCCCGCAGAUGAACAUCAACAUUGCCACCUGGGGCCGGCUAGUGAGGAGAGCCAUCCCUUCCGUCAACUCCUUCAGUCCACAGGUCACAGACACGGGGCCUAGCAAUGACCCUGCUUCCCCCACCCCUUCCAGUGACCUAACAGUGACUAAGUUGGACUUUGAUAAAGAGCCUACACCUGGUCCAAAGCAUUAUUCCCCAGCCAAUAUCAGAAAGCCACUGCCAGAGGACAAAACACACAGUGAAGAUCCAGUACAGGAAGCCUUGGCGACAUUUGACUUCCUGAACGACAGGAAUAGCGUGGUAGUAAAACCUGACCUCCAGGACAUAGUGCAACACGAGAUUGAGCAGCCAGAUUUAGAGCUUAUAACUGUACAAAAGGAGACAGAAGUAAGGGAACAUGAAGAAGAAGAAGAAGAAGAAGAGGAACAAUUUCAUUUUAGUUUCAAAGACUUUAAAUGUGUAGCUGUGUUAGGUCGUGGCCACUUUGGAAAGGUAUUACUUGCUGAGUACAUUAACACAGGAGAGAUGUUUGCCAUCAAGGCACUGAAGAAAGGAGACAUUGUUGCUCGUGAUGAAGUUGACAGUCUCAUGUGCGAGAAGCGGAUUUUCGAGACGGUGAAUAGCGUGCGUCAUCCUUUCCUGGUGAACCUCUUUGCCUGCUUUCAGACCAAGGAACACGUAUGUUUUGUGAUGGAGUACGCAGCAGGAGGAGAUCUGAUGAUGCACAUCCACGCUGAUGUCUUCUCAGAGCCGCGCGCCUCGUUUUAUGCAGCUUGUGUAGUCCUGGGAUUACAGUUUUUACAUGAACAUAAGAUUGUGUACAGAGAUCUCAAGCUGGAUAACCUGCUUCUGGACACUGAAGGCUAUGUUAAAAUUGCAGACUUCGGUCUCUGCAAAGAAGGAAUGGGCUUUAGGGACAGAACGAGUACCUUCUGUGGCACGCCCGAGUUCCUGGCCCCUGAGGUGUUGACAGAAACGUCGUACACACGAGCUGUGGACUGGUGGGGCCUCGGGGUGCUUAUAUUUGAGAUGCUGGUUGGAGAGUCUCCGUUCCCUGGGGAUGAUGAGGAGGAGGUGUUUGACAGCAUUGUUAAUGAUGAAGUUCGCUAUCCCAGGUUCCUCUCGACAGAAGCCAUCACGAUCAUGCGACGGCUUCUGAGGAGAAAUCCAGAGAGACGACUUGGUGCCGGAGAGAAGGAUGCUGAAGAAGUAAAGAAACAUUUGUUCUUCAGAAACAUUGAUUGGAAUGGAUUACUUGCCAAGAGGGUGAAGCCUCCGUUCGUACCAACCAUCCAUGGCUCUAAUGAUGUCAGUAACUUUGACGAGGAGUUUACGUCAGAGGCGCCGGUCCUGACCCCGCCCAGAGAGCCUCGGCCGUUGAGCCAGGAGGAACAGGAGAUGUUCUCAGACUUUGACUACAUCGCUGACUGGUGUUAGCCAUGUUGUGAUAACCCCCCCUCCCCUCCCACCCAAUACUGUGAACUGUCACAGCACUGACUGUG